UUAUAUGUCACAUGAUCAUCCAAGAUGGUGACGGUUUGGUGUCAGACGGCAUCCUUCAGUAGGAUGUUUUCUGUUUUAUUGAUAUUUGGGAUUUUGUCAGUCGGUUCUGCAGUUCAGCAGCUUGUGGUCAUGCAUGCUCCGAAGUAUGUCACCUUUCAACAGCAGACGGCGGACCUACAGACAAGUCAGCUGCCUGGGAUGGUAGCAAACACUCUUGGAGUUGGUGCACAUAAGGAUAUUGGCUGGCAAGGCAUGCUUCACAGCUCUGUUUUCAAGAGACCCAAAGCCAACGUGAUGCUCACCGUGGAGAUCCCUCCAGCUCUUGCAGACAAGCCACUCGCUCUCAAUAACAUGGCAAAGUUUCCCGUCAUGGACGAUUUACCAUUCUUUGACCUGGAGAGUGUAAGGAACUCCAUCCAGAAAACAUUUCUUGACCAGGAGCCUCUGAUGCUGGACCUACUGACAGACAAUACCAUGUUUGAUUUGCAAUCAGAGAACCAGUUGUUUAAAAAGCUGCCCAACUCGUUACGACAAGUUAAAGACCGGCUUCACGAUCCAGAUUCUGUCAUACAGAAACUAACAUCAGGGUCACUCAAUUCAUCCUUGACCCCUGACAUGACCUUGAUGGGUGAGAUGCAGAUGGUGAAUGAUAUAAUUCAAACAUUGUUCAAAAACCCAGGACUGCUGAAGAACAAGAGUCCGGAUUUGUUUUCCUUCACGGUGUCUGGUUUGAAAUCUGUGGUCGACAAGCACGGAGCUCAGUCUUCUCAAACUGCUGACGCGCAGAAGAUGUUGACAGACUUCAUUCAUUCAAUGACUGGUGACUUGAAGAAGCUGUACAAGGAUAACGUGGUGGUUGAGGUUUUCUUGACGACGAUGCCGAAGGGUCAGUCACGUAAAGUGAGGAGUCUGAUGGCCGAUCCAACUCCGGUGAGAGUCGCUUUACAUCACAAACUCUUUAUCAACCAUCAUUUCUCCUCUGGGGGCUUCCAUAGAGUAUUACACCAAAUGUAGGGAGUGUGGUCCGGU